AUGAAGAUCGACAACUCUGGCGAUCAGGAUGUUCAUAUGGACACUUCUAUCCUUUGUGGAAGAACUAGACAUGAGGCUGCUACGAUGGAGCAGACUAUUCGCGACAUUAUGCGAACAACAACCUCUGAAGGCAUUUUUGAUCGUGACGACGAUAUUUUAAUCAUGUAUUCAGAUUUGAUGGUUAUGAACGAAGAUACACUCAACAACAUGAUCAGAUGUUCGGUUUGUCUUGAAAUCUACAACGAAACAAGCCGCCAGCGAGCCUGCAUAACUGAAUGCUGCCAUCAGGCCUGCAUUAGAUGCAUAAUGAUGCAAAUCAACGGAGCGAGCUCAGGUGAUUCAAACUCAACCGUCAAGAGAGAACUUAACUGUCCGGUCUGCCGCAAGGUCUUCAGAGCGAAACAAGUCUUGAAGCUUUUCUAA